AUGUCUCCCGGACCAGCACCUGCAGGGCUGGAUGGCUCCGGUUCCAAGAAACGAAAAAGAAAGAGGUCUAAGAAAGCUCACACUGAGUCAGGCAACCUGGAAGCGGAUGUCCAUACCAACAGAGUUAACAAGAAGACGAAGUUCACCGAAGACGACAUCGAGUUACCCAAUGGGGAUCAUCUGCAGCCUAUCGAGUCCAGCAUUCUAGAGAACGAAGUGAAGAGUAACUUCGAGGAGGACUUUAUCGAUACAACAAGUAAGCCCAAAGAAGCUGUGCCCGAGAAACAAACCACUGAAGAGGAUUCAUCUCAACCCAGUGAGGAUGCAUCCAAGAUAGCCAAAAGCGAGUUUAAAGAGAACCUGAAGCAUAAACAAAUUACGGAGAUCAAAAAUAGUGCAAAGAAGUCGAAAAAAAAGAGAGCUGUCUUUUAUGAUGAUAAUAGCGACGACGAGGACGAUGAUGGCAGUGGGUUUCAAACCCAUAGCACUACUUCACGAGCAGUUCUCAAGGAGAAAGCGCAAAACCUUCUCGAACUCAGAAAAACCCUUCCCAUUUAUCAUCAUAAGGAUAAGAUCAUUUCCUACGUUCAGAAUAAUCAGGUCGUCGUCGUUAUCGGUGAGACAGGUUCAGGUAAAUCCACCCAGAUUCCUCAGUUCUUAAUCCCGCUCAACAAGAAACGGAUUGCUGUUACCCAACCACGUCGAGUUGCAGCUGCAUCGUUAGCAACUAGAGUUAGCGAAGAAUUUGGCUGCCCGUUAGGCGAAGAGAUCGGUUAUCAAGUUCGAUUCUCCAACGUCACAUCGCAUAACACGAAAGUCAAUUACCUCACGGACGGUAUGUUAAUCAGAGAGCUUAUGUUGGAUGACAAACUCUCCAAGUACAGCACCAUAGUAAUCGAUGAGGCCCACGAAAGAACCGUGCUCACAGAUCUCACACUUGGCUUCCUUAAGCAAUUGAUCGUGAGUGGAAGAAGAAAAGACCUCAAAAUUAUUGUCAUGUCUGCUACGUUGAAUGCUGACCUUUUCAGCAAAUUCUUUGACUAUGCACCAAUUUUGUAUGUCGAGGGAAGGAUGUAUCCAGUUACAAAGCAUUAUCUUAGCGGUUCUUCUGAAGACAUCGUCGACACAAUGGUGAGAUCAAUUGUUCAAAUCAAUAUGUCAGAGCAGGAAGGAGAUUUCUUAUGCUUCCUCCCUGGUCAGGAGGAAAUUGACAAUUGCGUCACCAUCUUGAACACACUAGCACCACUGCUUCCCAAAGAGGCUCCUAUGAUCGUCGCUUUACCUCUUUAUGCUGCAUUGUCUCCGGGCCAGCAGAUCAAAAUUUUUGAAAAACUAGGCCCACGAAAGAGGAAAGUCAUUCUAGCGACAAAUAUCGCAGAAACAUCGAUCACUGUCAGUGGCGUCAAGUACGUCAUUGACUCGGGGUUGAGAAAAGUCAAGGUGUGGAGGCAUCAACUUGGCUUAUCAACAUUACUCACGACCCCCAUUUCUCAAGCAUCGGCCAAACAAAGGGCUGGUAGAGCAGGUAGAGAAAGUGAGGGUAAGGUGUUCAGACUAUAUUCUGAAAAGCUUUUUCUCAACAAGCUACCUAAACAACAAGAAGCUGAAAUUGUCCGUAAUGACAUUAUCCUACCUGUCUUAACCUUAAAAAAGAUGGGAGUGGAAGACCUUUUAAAUUGGACAUGGCUUGAGCACCCUGGUAAGGAAGCCAUUCUUGGUGCUCUCCAUACAUUGCAUUUCUUGGGAGCGCUUAAUGAGACUGGUAAAAUAACGUCACUUGGCUAUAAGAUGGCCGUGUUACCAUUACCCCCAUCCUUGUCGGCCGUUCUCAUCUCUGCCUUCGAUAAUGGCGUCCUCCAAGAUGUUAUUGAUAUUGUUUCCUGUCUAUCCGUUGAAAACUUGAUUCUUAAUGUGACCGGAAACGGAGAUCUUAGAGACGAGAUUAACUAUAAACGGAGGCAAUACUGUCCUUUGGGUACAAGGCUGGGUGACUUGAUCGCACUCAAAGAGUAUUUCAACUACUACAAGGAACUUAGUGAUUCAAGCCACACAGCUGAGCUCAAGGCUUGGUGCAAGGAAUUAUUCUUCAGCUACAAAGGCUUCAAGAAUGUCAUGAGAGUCAGAAAACAGAUAACAGACUAUAUGCUCUCUACCAUCAAGCAGGACGAUUCCAUUUCACAAUCGGAAAAAGAAAAUCAGCUCAAGAAGCUCAGAAAUCAGCUCAGCUCUGGUGAUGACCACGAGAUUAUUGAAGAGGAUGAUUUCAAACUGCUUUCCAAAGCAUUGGAUAUCCCAGCGAUUCUCAAAUCUUUUGUGAAGGGCUUUGCGCUUAACACCGCAAUUGGGAUGCCUGACAGGUCAUUUAGAACUUGUUCAACGGGUCAACUUAUCAGCAUUCAUCCAUCAUCUAAUUUAUUUGGCAAGGCGAACAUUGACGCCAUCAUGUAUAUUGAGUUCGUCUACACCGCCAAGGCUUACGGCAGAAACUGCUCAGUGAUUGAGCUUGCCUGGCUUCAAGAGGUGGCUCCAAACCUUCUUGGUGGUGCCAAAGUCAGCAUUAAUGAGUAA